AGGAAUUGUCAACGUCAAAUCUUCGCGCUUAUCAAUCUGUUGUGAUAUUAGGUUAAGCUUAAGAAUAUUUUAUAAAUUCAGUAUUUUCUAAAUUAUGAAGCUAUAUUAAUUAAUGAAAAUGGAGAAAGGGGAAACUUUUUUAUCGUGUGCAGUAACGGCAGAAUGGACUACACCAGAAGGUUCAAUUAUUAGAAAAGUAAACCAUAAGACUGCUUCUUUACGACUGAUUCGGAACGAAUUUCGUGAGAUGUUUAUGGAGAUUACUACAGAUAAACAUGCCGCAAUUCGACUAGGUUUGAAAAGUAUCAAUGUUUUUAAAAAGUUCAUGGCGGAAGGAAAAGCUAGCAUUAAGUUCCAAGAGGUUGGUUGUACAUUGUUUCUUUCUAAUGCACCUCCAACGAACCUCGUUUCAUUUCUUCGAACGAUGUUCAUCAAGAUGACUGGUGAUAAGGAUAAUCAUUCAACUACUACUAAACAAUCUAUGAGAGCAAAAUUACUAAGUGGUAAAGCCCAAGCUUUUGAAGAGAUUAGUCCAGUAACAGUGGCUGAUAUGCGUAACGCUAAAAAUAAGAUCAGUAAGGCCACUGUCACAACUCCAUCUCCUCCAAGAAAGCGAAAAGCCCAGGAAGAAAGUAGAGGUCCCGAACCUAAGAAAUUAUAUUCACCUUCACCUUUGAGUUGUCAGGGUACUUUGAAUAGUGAGCAACAGAGAGUCUUAGAAGCUUGUCUCAGUGGUAAAAACAUAUUCUUCACUGGAUCAGCUGGCACUGGCAAAAGUUACCUGUUAAAGAGAAUUGUAACCGCCUUGCCACCUGAUGUAACAGUGGCCACUGCUUCUACAGGUGUUGCAGCGUGUCAUAUAGGUGGUACAACACUUCAUGCAUUUUCUGGUAUAGGUGAUGGCAAUGGGUCUGUAGAUAAUCUUUGUCAGAAAGCAACCAAACUGCCGCUGGUUGCUCAAAAAUGGAGAAAGUGCAAGCAUCUCAUUAUUGAUGAAAUCUCAAUGGUUGAUGGGGCAUUCUUUGAGAAACUUGAAGCAGUGGCCAGGUAUGUAAGGAAAAAUGAUAAGCCAUUUGGAGGCAUACAAUUAAUACUAUGUGGUGAUUUCUUACAACUACCCCCAGUUGUUGACAAGAGCCAAAAUGCAAAGAAGUUUUGUUUUCAAUCCCCAUGCUGGGAUAAAUGUAUUGAACUUUGUUUUGAAUUAAAAGAAAUACAUAGACAGACUGAUCAAGAAUUUAUAACUAUAUUAAAUAGCAUAAGGAUAGGCCGCGUUACUAAGGAAACAAGUGAUCGUUUGCUAGGCACAGCUAAACAAAAAAUUGAAAGUGAUGGAAUAUUAGCAACAAGACUGUGUUCACAUACAAAUGACUCUAAAAUGAUAAAUAAUUCAAAAUUAAGGGACCUCAGUGGAGAGGAGAAAGUAUUUGCUUCACAAGACAGUGAUAACGCAACAAAUAUGUUGGAUAAUCAAACUAUUGCCCCUUCAAAGUUAGUGCUUAAAAUAGGAGCACAAGUGAUGCUUUUGAAGAAUAUCAAUGUUAAUGCAGGAUUAGUUAAUGGAGCCAGAGGUGUUGUGGUCAGAUUUGAUGAAGGAUUGCCUGUUGUGAGAUUUAAAAACAAAAAGGAAUAUACUGCAAGAGCAGAAAGAUGGUAUGUGAAGAACUCAAGUGGGACAUUGCUGUGUAGGAAACAAAUUCCAUUGAAUUUAGCCUGGGCUUUUUCUAUUCACAAAUCACAAGGUUUAACAUUAGAUUGUGUAGAGAUGUCUCUAUCCAAGAUAUUUGAAGCUGGCCAAGCUUAUGUAGCGUUGAGUAGAGCACAAAGUCUAAAUACAUUGCGAGUGCUAGACUUUGAUUCUAGACAUGUAUGGGCAGACCCAAAUGUCCUAGAGUUUUACCAAAGAUUCAGGAGACGCCUACAGCACAUGGAAAUAAUACCCUUAGGCAGACCAUUGUCUGAUAAGACAAAUAAAAAAUUAAAACUAAGAGAAAUUUUACAAAAGCAAAUGACUAGAAAAUAAACCAUAGUUUUAGGCCA